AGAGCGUGAGUGAGGAGCAGGCGGGCAGGCGGCGGGCAGCCGGGCAGCCGUGGACAGAGGCCCGGGCACAGCCAGUUGCUGCGCUGGAGGGUGUGGUGUCCGGCUACAGAUUGCACUGAAGGGGUCUCGCACCAGACACCGGUUAAGAAGAGGGAUUGGAGGUCCAUCACUUCACUAACCCAGGAAGGACUUAUCUUUCGCCUCAGCCAGACCUCACCCCAAUUCUGUGAAUCAGCGGAGGAAGGCAAAACUGCAGAGUCAGAGGAGGCUGUGCAAGGAGCAGAGACCAGGGCUCACACAGGUGGCCCCAGCCCAGGCCCUGGCCCAGGCCCAGGAGCCUGUUUCCCUGCAUCGCUGAGGAGGAACAGCACCAUGCUGGGUCCUCACCUCCCAUCUCCGCCCCUUGCGCCCAGCGAAGGGAGGCCUACCCCCUGCGCCUUCCAGAUCCCUGAUGGAAGCUACAGGUGUCUGGCUCUGGAAGCCGAGGAGAGCAGCGGUGAGGAGGGCCUGCAGGGAGAGGCGGGGCCUACCGACCUGGAAGAGGAUGAGGGGGUCAGCAGGAGUGGGGACAGCUCUGCCUGCAGAGUCACCCAGGGUACACCGCAGCUGCCCAAAGCCCUGGGCAUCCAACCACCCAGCUGCUCCAGAGAGGAACAAGGGGCGUCCCAGCACGACGGCAGGGCCAGCCAGGACCGGGAUGUAGUGAAGGCCCGGCAGGUGAUGACAGCCAACCCCAGCCCGGGCCCUGGGUCCAGAGUGGCCCAGACACCAGCGUUGGGCCAGAGCACUAGCCUCACGGAGAAGGAUCUGAAAGAGGCCAAGGCGCGGAGCCAGCAGAUUGCAGCCCAGCUGACCACCCCUCCCAGCUCCAAUUCCCGUGGCGUCCAACUCUUCAACAGGCGCCGGCAGAGGGUGAACGAGUUCACCUUGGAGAGCCACGGCCAGAGGGGACAGAAGCCCAGCCAGGAGUCCCUCAAAGUGCUCCCUGAAAGCCCCCCAGGCCAUGCCCCGGGGCUCAGCCUGAGUUCCACCUCGCUGCCAGAGCCAGGCCCUCCACGGCACCCCAAUCCCCAGAGCCCCGACAGCGGGGUCCCUGGCCACAGCAUGGAGGGGUACUCAGAGGAGGCUAGCUUGCUGCGGCACCUGGAGAGGGUGGCCAGUGAGGAGGAAGAGGUGCCACUGGUGGUUUAUCUAAAGGAGAACGCAGCACUGCUGACAGCCAAUGGGCUCCACCUGUCCCAAAACCGAGAGGCCCAGCAGUCCUCACCGGCCCCACCUCCAGCUGAGGACCACAGCCCUGCUGCAGAUGUCAACCAAAACCUUGCCUCGCCCAGUGCCACGCUCACCACACCAGUUUCUAACAGCAGCCACAACCCGCCAGCCACCGAUGUCAAUCAGAACCCACCGGCAACUGUCGCUCCACAGAGCCUGCCACUCUCUAGCAUCCAACAGAAUUCCUCAGAGGCCCAACUCCCAUCCAAUAGCACAGUGCCUGCUUCCAAACCCAGCACCCUGUGUGCUGACGGGCAACCCCAGGCACCGGCUGAGGAAGUGAGGUGCAGCACACUCCUAAUUGACAAGGUAUCAACUCCAGCUACCACCACCAGCACCUUCUCCAGAGAAGCUACGCUCAUCCCCAGCUCCAGGCCCCCAGCCUCAGAUUUCAUGUCCAGUUCCCUACUCAUUGACAUCCAGCCCAACACCCUGGUGGUGUCAGCAGAUCAAGAGAUGUCUGGGCGAGCAACUGCCACCACACCCACCAAGGUCUACAGUGAGGUCCACUUCACACUGGCCAAGCCCCCAUCAGUGGUCAACAGGACGGCCAGGCCUUUUGGGAUCCAGGCGCCAGGGGGCACCAGCCAGAUGGAGAGGAGCCCCAUGCUAGAGAGACGACAUUUUGGAGAGAAGGCUCCGGCUCCCCAGCCCCCCAGUAUCCCAGACAGGAGUCCCCGGCCACAGAGACACAUAAUGUCCCACAGCCCCAUGGUGGAAAGGAGGCUGAUGGGGCAGCGAAGCCCGGCCUCAGAGAGACGCCCCUUGGGGAACUUCACCGCACCCCCGACCUACACUGAGACCUUGUCCACAGCCCCUCUGGCUUCCUGGGUGAGGUCUCCUCCCUCAUAUUCUGCCCUGUACCCCAGCUCCGACCCCAAGUCUUCUCAUCUGAAGGGCCAGGCUGUUCCUGCCAGCAAGACAGGCAUUCUGGAGGAGUCGAUGGCCCGCCGGGGCAGCCGCAAAUCCAUGUUUACCUUCGUGGAGAAGCCCAAGGUGACCCCGAAUCCAGACCUGCUGGAUCUGGUACAGACAGCGGAUGAGAAGCGGCGGCAGAGGGACCAGGGGGAGGUAGGCGUGGAGGAGGAGCCCUUCGCACUGGGGGCCGAGGCCUCCAACUUCCAGCAGGAGCCAGCACCUCGCGACAGGGCCAGCCCCGCGGCGGUAGAGGAGGCGGUCCCAGAGUGGGCCUCCUGCCUCAAGUCACCCCGCAUCCAGGCCAAGCCGAAGCCCAAACCCAACCAGAACCUCUCCGAGGCCUCUGGGAAGGGGGCUGAGCUCUAUGCCCGCCGCCAGUCACGGAUGGAGAAAUAUGUCAUCGAGUCUUCAAGUCAUACACCGGAGCUGGCCCGCUGCCCAUCACCUACCAUGUCCCUGCCUUCCUCCUGGAAAUACCCCACUAACGCCCCCGGGGCCUUCCGAGUGGCAUCCCGAAGCCCAGCCCGGACCCCGCCUGCCUCCCUCUACCAUGGCUACCUGCCUGAGAACGGGGUCCUGCGCCCAGAGCCCACCAAGCAGCCGCCGUACCAGCUGCGGCCCUCGCUCUUUGUCCUCUCUCCUAUCAAGGAGCCUGCCAAGGUCUCGCCAAGAGCUGCCUCGCCUGCCAAGCCCAGCUCCUUGGACCUGGUGCCCAACCUGCCCAAGGGGGCUCUCCCUCCGUCUCCUGCCCUGCCUCGGCCCUCCCGCUCCUCACCGGGCCUCUACACCUCCCCCGGCCAGGACAGCCUGCAGCCCACUGCUGUGAGCCCUCCCUACGGCGGUGACAUCUCCCCUGUGUCUCCCUCCAGGGCAUGGUCUCCCCGAGCCAAGCAGGCCCCCAGGCCCUCCUUCUCUACCCGGAACGCCGGGAUUGAGGCUCAGGUGUGGAAGCCUUCCUUCUGCUUCAAGUAACGAACCCCACUGGGGUCCCACUGCCGGUCAAGUUCCCCUCCUUGAGGGCCAGAUGGAGAGCAGACGUGGCAGGAAAUGGCACAGAGCUGAGUGAGGAGAAUGGGGAGUCCAUGGUUCAAGGUCAGAUGCGGCCACCAGCUGGCUUUGUGACCUUGGGCAAGUCGCCUCCCCUCUCUGAGCUGAAGCUGCCCCUCCCCUACUACAACGGGGGUCGGACUCCGUGUCUGAGUGGGGAGGAGGGUCAUGGAGAGAGAACUGUCUGGCAGCCCUGAUGCGGUAGAGGGGCAUCCACUGGCCUUUGUGAGCUGUAGGGAUGCAGCGUCUGAUGCCAGCGUCUUGCUGGAGGAGUGGCCUAGAAGGGGAUCCUAACAGGGACUUCUGGAGCAGACAGAGCCUGCCAGUGCCUGUGGAGUCAGCCAGCCAAGGGUCUGCCUCCUCAGCUGCCCCAGUGGGGGCCUCCCUCCUGAGGCUCAAGCUCCUGGCAUCUUUCUUCCUAUCGCUGGAUUCUCACCUCCACGGGCCUGUCUCUUCUGCCUCUGCCUUCUGGACACCGUUUCCUCUCCGCUGCUUCAGAGAGCUUUGCCUCGCCUCCGCCUGCGCUCCUCUCCGGGGUCCUUCUGCUGGCUGCGGACUCAGCCCACCACUGCUGUCUGACGCUUUUCUUCCUGCCCCCUCCGAGGCCUGGCUCUGUUUUAGGGAGACCACUGGGCCCAGGCCUCAGCCCCAGUUCUUCCUGGCUUGCUGUCACUGCUGUAGGGGUGGGGGACGUCCCAGGGGAUCCCCAGGAGAGCCCUGUAGGAGGCUGUGCAGAUGUGGGUGUGCCACAGGGAGGGUGGCCCCUAGCCAUGUAUCCAUUGGCUGUUUUGGCUUCAGAUUCAACCAAGAUCUGCCUGACUAAAAGAAGCCACCUCAGUGCACUGGAACGGGGCCCAGGGGGAGGCAGGAGAGGAGGGUUCUGGUCCCAUGUCACCCUCCCAUUUGCUGUGUGACUUUGGCCCACUCACGUUCUCUCUUUGGGCCUCAGUUUUAUCAUUUAUACAAAGAGGGCUUUUCUAGCUGUAACAAUCUGUGAGGAUUGAGAGGAUAGGCUGGUUCUUUGAAGGAAGACCUUGUAAGUGACAAGACAGUCCCCUGGGAAGAAAGAGAAAGGAAAUGGGCUAUUGCCAAAGGACAGGUGGCGUUAGAUGGCUGUGAGGGUGACCUGGUGAAGGAAGGGUUGGAAUGAGCUGCUGCAAGAGGCCAAGGGAUGCCUGGGCUGGGCUGGGCUGGGCUGGCUCAGGCUCAAGAUUGCCUGGGGACAGUGGGAGCACCAGCAGGACCUAGGGCAAGGCAUAGCAGUGCAGUGGGAAGGGACAGAGGAGACCUUAGAGUUUUGAGGAAAAUCUGGGACUUGAAACCUGGAUUCUAACAGACCAACUGCAUGUGUGUCUGUAGGUCUCAGUUUCCACAUUCAUACAGUGAGAGUGUUAAGUCAGGUAGCUGGAGACUCCCCGUCACCUCUGACACUUUUAGAGGUGAUAUGAUACAGCCCCCGACCAAACCAGGCUUUGUGGGGGGUGAGAGAAUACAGACAUAAGUGGCAGGAUUCAGAUGGAAGCUUCGCAAGGCUGGGGGCCGAGGACCACCCACUUCUCUUUCCCAGUCCUAUUUCUGGGCUCCCCAGUGGGGCAAGGGGUGGUGGAGGCGGUGCCCAUGCUGGGCUGAGCCUGCAGUUUUUGUGAGCUCUGGGCUUGUCUCCAUGGAAACAGGGGUGCCUUCUUAGUGAGCUCAUUUCACACAAAUCAAGGGGGUAUGCAUGGGGGAGUUGUGAGUGAGCUCAGCUCCUUCAGGCCUGGCCCCUCCCAGAACAGAGUGAAGCCCCUGCCCUGGACCCCUGCUCCCUUCGACCCUUGAGGGCCAUCAAAUGGAAGAGCCCACCCUUCAUUCUGCAGCUCCUGCGGCCAGGCUGAGCUCUGCCCCCAACUUUGUUUUCUCUCAUAUUCUCAAUACACUCUGCCUCAAAUCCGUCUUGCUUCUUUCUUUCUUCCGUGCUGCUAGGGGUCAGGGUUCCCUUCCUCCUCCCUGAUUCUAGCCUGGGAAGUGGAGUGGGCCUGCUCAAUUACUGUGCGUGAAAGUGUGGCUGUGUCCUGCGUGCUGCCUGCAUCUGCUGUAUGUCUGGUUCUGCACGGGUACAGACGUGUGCUGGCUUGGAAGUGAGGCCUUCCUCUCUACAGCACUCAGGGAGCCAGAAUCCUGUGCAAAUAGCCACCUUUUGUUCUUUCCUUCCCUCAGAGUUUGGCCAAAAACACUGUAGAGGAUUUUUGGGGAAAAUGCACUACCUCUUCUGGUUCAGGUUUGUUUGGGUUCUUUACAAGUGGAAUAGAAAUGCCUCUAGCCAGCAUUCGUUCUCCAGUUCCCUCAGUCCCUCCCUCCUCUCUAUUAUCUACACGUGGCCAUUUCCCACUUUUGCCAUUGUUUUCACUGUCUGGAUCCUGAAAGCAUGGAGUUUUUGCCCCUGGUGGGGAGGAAAGAACUGCCAUAGAGGGUCAGGAGAACUGGGUUCUAACCCCAGGUCUGCAUCUGAUUCGUGUGUGACCUCAGACAACCUCUUCCAAUCUCUGGGCCUCAGUUUCCCCUUCUGUGCAGUGAAAGGAUUACAGAAGGUGGUAUGGGAGCCCCGUUUGGUCUCUGACAGUCCAGGUUUGACUGUGUUCUACUUACGCAUUCACCUCACACACGUGCCCUGCUUUGGGUCUGGGGUUGGGGUGAGCGGAUGCUACUUUUUGAAUUUUCACCCACCGCAUUCCCAAGGAGCUCUGGUGUGCAUGGUGCAUUGAACAGUCUGUCAGAAAGUGAAGAGUUCUGAUUUCCUGCAGCCUUUUCCUAUUGUGCACACUCCCCACUCCAAACAUACACACAGAGUCAGUGCCCAGGCAUGGCUGUUAGAGUGAGGUCAGGUUCUGGCCCAUCUCCAGAUAUGAGGAGCUGCCUACCACUGCCCUCAACAUUCAACCCCAUUUGAGCCUUUCUGUUUUGUAGUCUUGGCUGAAUCGUUCCUUCCACUUAUUGGCCCCAGCAUUCCCCUUGUGGUCACCAAAGGGAGAAACAAUGCUUUAGAGAUUUUUAGGUGGUUAUCAUAGCUCUCCUGCACAGCCUACUCUCCUGGCUGAAGACCCCAGGUUCCUCUGCCUUGGGUGGUUACUGACUGGCUUGGGUCAUGAACUCUAGGCCCCACCUCCCUGCUCAGGGUGGCACUGUGGUCAGGUGUUGGGUCAUGCCAGAGCCCACCCUGAUUUGGCAUUUGGCCCUAGAGCUGGGACCUCCCUCCCAGCUCCUCUCCCUAAACUGUGGAGUCUGCCCUCUCUGACCAGGCUGACUGGGAUGUUUCAUAGACACAGAGAAGCUCCCAGUGUUCUCUGGCUCAUGUAUACACAAUUCUGACCCUGGGAGGAAAAGAGUGUGAUCCCAGGCUGAGCCUUAACUUUCAGCUUGAUGACUGGGAGCUUGGAUGUCCCUAGGGUGUCUCUAAGGGUCACUCUAGCAUUAGCAUCCCAUGAAAAAUGUCCUGCUCAGGCUGUUGUAUAACAUUCCCCUUUAGUUUAAAGGGCUCCAAUUUAGAGUCUGGGCUCAUCUAGCAGCUGCUACAUUCUGUUUGGAUAAAACAUACAAUUAGUGUCUAUUUCCUUUGGAUUGGAAGGAAUUAGAAGACCCUCAGUUGGAUGAGAGGAUGACUGGCUUGGUUAUGGCUGAUCACUGAUUGGAUGAAAGAAUAAAUCUUUGGAUGGUUCUAGAUUUUGAUUGGGUAGGAAGCAUGGAAUGGCCUGGCUAGCUCUGAACUGUGGUGGAUGACUGCUAGUGAAUUUGGAUUGGAUUGAAUGGCAAGGUGGACUGGUUA